AUCCGAGAGGGGAAUGUCUUCAUACCCUGGUAACACCUCUGCGCUCUUGGCGUAGCCCUCAAUACAAUUGAGUUCCACUUCAUUUCUGGGAUAAGCAGCUGACCCAAUCAACCCCACCGGCCUCUACACCUCGGAAACUGAUUGAGUCCUGGGACCUCUUCUGACCACCGCCAGGAGCCCAGGCUCCGCCCCGCGGCUACGCGCAUUCCCGUAAAAGCCCGGCGGACUGCGCUCCUGGGCCGCUUGAAUCUGCGGCCUCAAGUGGUCUCCUGCCGCCACCUGGACCGGGGACAGUAACGCCUAGGGAACCCCAAGACCUCUUGAGAGAGCAUUUCAACUCUGUUGACAAACCUCAACCACUUGAGGGACUUCGCUGGAAAGAAACGUUCUAGAAAGACCAAGUGGAUACCAGGAGCCCCGUGGGGUGUGUGUGGCCUCAGCUUGAAGAGGAGUGCACUUGCCAGACAUUUCGGGGCUUUGAAGAGCACAGCUCAUCUAAGAUGGGCACAGGUGCAUCAGAGAAACAAGCAGAGCAGAAGGUCCGCCGUGCCUUCGAGGCCUCCGAGGAAGCCCAUGGGACUCUGGCAGCCUCAACCCCCUGGGUGGCCAUGGGCUCUGCCUAUGGUUCCUGUACCUGCUUGGGAGCCCAGCCUGUAACUGACCUGGCCCUCUGGCCUGUCAUCUACUCCUGCAUGGGAUUUUCCCCACAAGCUUACCCAGCCUUCUGGGCUUACCCGUGGGUGCUCUAUGGUGGGUAUCUCUGGAUGGGUUAUCCCCCUCCAGCUGCCUUGGUGCCUUCAGUGUGGCUGUAUUGGAGGGGCGCCUCCAGCUUUGACCCCCUCAUAGGAAGUCCGUACCUGACUGCCUUGGCCCCCAACCUAUUUCCUUUCCCCAUGAGAUUCCCACCCACCUACUCCUUGGCUUCUCCCACUCUGGGCGAGGCCACCUCCAGCCACUGUCCUCAGGUGGGAUGCUGGACUCCAGCCAGCUCAGCCCCCAGGGCUGCCGUAGAGGGGCCAUCCAGAGGAGCUCCCUACUUGAAGACAUGCAAAGCCCCUCCCUCAGAAUGGGCCUCCAGGUUCGGUAUUUGGGCACCUUUGCCCUGCUGCAGUUCAGAGCUCCGCCCUCUGCCGCCUUCCCCCAUUGAAGAUUCUCAGCUGGACCCCUGCUGCUCCCGCUCCUCCUCCCGGUCACCCUGCAGGGCCCGCCGCCGCCUCUUUGAGUGCUAAUCAGCCCUCUAGACCCAGACCCACCCAACAAUCAGAGACAUGUCUGGUGGAGCCCAGCCAGCUGUGGACUUUAAGUUUUUGGAAGAGUCUCAGAUGUAGGUUGUUUACUAUUCCUCAGUACAGAGUACACCUCCUGGACUCAUGCAAGGCCCCUCUAUUUGCUAUUUCUCUUUACUUUCUUGUUUUUCUGUUUGCCCUUCAACCCUGACACUGGCACCUUUUCUCCUCCCCAGACUGUCCUGGGCCCACCCUCUAGUAGAUUUGCUGUAAGUCCUCAAAUAUGCAUGCAUGCAACCUUGUAAAAUGAGCUUAUUUAAGCUCAAUCCAACCUGUAGAAGCGCUCAGUUAGAAUAGGCCUCCAGGUUUGGUAUUUGGGCACCUGUGCCACCCUUCAGCCCAGGACUCUCUCUGCCGCUCCUCAGCAAAGACCCUCAGCAGGAUCCCCGCAUCCCUGGCCACCCUGUGGGGCCUGCUGCUGUCUCUUCCAGCAUUGGUGUGUCCUCCAGGGAACCACACACUCAAGCACUUUGGAACCCAUGGAAUCCAGUGAGCACGUGCUGUGGGCUCUGCCUAGAAGCUUCCAAAACCUGUUUGUUCCAGUGGACACAGAGUAGGAAAUGCUGACUCAUUCAGAACGCUAGUGCCCUUGGGUCCUUGCGGGUGUGCUCUUCUCACUCCUCACCCCAUCAGCACCUUCUGGGGUAAUGCACACACCAGUAAAAUGUACAGUGCAUGCUUUUAAAAAAUUUUAAAUAAAUGAUACUAUGCUAUAAAUCAUGUUUUCUCCAAUUUUUCAUUCAUUAGUUUAAGACCUAGCCAUAUCUGUAUAUAUGUAUAGUGUAUUUUGCUUAUUCAAAUUUAUUAGCAUGUUUUCCAUACUAUUUCUUGCUGUAUUUCUUGUUAUGUGCUGCAUUCCAUUUUUCUUUAAAAUUUUAUUGUGUAUAUUUGAGGUUUACAACAUGAUGUUAUGGGAUACAUACAGGUAGUAAAAUGGUUACCAUAGUGAAGCUGACUAACAUCUGUCAUCUCACAGCUACUUUUUUUUGGUGACAAGAGGAGCUAAAAUCUACUUAUUUGACAAAAACCCCUAGUACAAUGCCAUUUCAUUAGCUUUAUUCCUCAUGCUGUACCUUAGAGCUCUAGGCUUGCUCAGCCUAUGUAUAUUUAGUAUCCUUUGACUUACAUAUCCUGGUUUCCCCACUCCCAGCCCAUGGGAACGACUGCUUCUUUCUCUAUCUCUGUAUUUUAGCUCUUUGUUCUGUUUUAAUAUUCCACAUAUAAGGGAAGCUGUGCAAUUUUUUUUUCUGUGUCUGACUUAUUUCAUCAUUCCCCAUGCAUGUUAUGGCAAAUGGCACGAUCUCCUUUUUAAAGGCUAAAUAAUAUUCUAUAUCCAUUAUAUAUAUACGGAUAUAAUCAUAUUUUCUUUAUCCAUUCAUCCAUUGAUAGGCAUUUGGGUUGUUUCCAUAUCUUCGCUAUUGUAAAUAAUGCUGCCAUGAACAUGGGAGUGCAGGUAUCUUUAUGAGGUGGUGAUUUCAUCUUUUUUGGGUACAUACCCGGAAGAAGCAUUGCUGGGUCAUAUGGUACUUCUAGGUUUAAUUUCUUCAGGGACUUCUAUACUGUUUUCUAUAAUGGCUGUACCCCUACUUUUCAAAUAUUGUAUAGAAAAUUUCCCAUGGAUUUUUCUGUUUUAUUAGUAUCUAUUUUCGACUCAGUGAUUCUGUGUCUUGAAGUGUCUUCUCAUUGUGAGCUUGUUUGUUUUGUAACUUCUUAAAGUUAAUAACAGCUAGUUCAUUUUUAGGCUUGAUUCUUUUCUAUUACAAGUUUUUAAGGCUAUAAAAUUCCCUCUAAAUAUACUACUUUAAAAUAUAUCCUACAUUUAUGAUAUAUGAUAUUUUUGUUUAUCUUUUUAAAUAAUCACUAUUAAGGAAAAUCAAAUAAAUUUUAUUUUCUUAUAGCCUG